GAAAAAGUGAACUGUCAAACGUGAAAACUUUGCAGAGAAGGAAAAUAUUUCGCCGUGGCGACAUUUAGUUGCAAAUUUUCUAAUGAAGCCGAAAUAAAAUAGUUAAAAACUCUCAAAAGAACAUUAGGCAAACACUCGAAAGUCAUAAUUAACAUCGUUGACCAAACUGUUGGGUGAGUUACUGAGUUGAUGAUCGUCGAAUCUGUGGGAAGGAUACUUUCAUAGUGUCGCGUGGACAUGAUCUGACAAAAAUAAAUGUGUAGCAGUUUUUCGCUCUUAAUUAAAACAUGGUUUAAUUAUAUAUCUGAAUUGAUCGGAAUAAUGCAUAUUUGUCAAUUGUUUAGUUAAACAAGCAGACAUUUUUGUUGAACUUAAAAUAUUCGAAUCUUGUGUUGGCAUAAUGGAAUCAGCUAGAGAUGUGUAUUUGGCCAGUGAUAAAUACGUGGUUACUUGUACUUUAGGUUAACAAUUCAAGUGUUUCAAUGUAUUGUGAUAUGUGCGGUUAGCUGUGUUAUAAUAUUGUGUUUUUUCUGAGUUCUGAAGAAUUGUAUUAUUUUGUAAAUAAACGCCGAAAAUAUGAAACCCGGUUGCUAACAUGACAAUGUAAAUAUCAGCAACAAGUAAGACUUAUUUAUACGUCACUAAAUUUAGCUGAUUUUAUAGCUGAUCUGACAGAGAAAACCGCUUAAAUGAAGGAAAACGGGAUUUAUAGCGCUGUUGUCAUAAUUUUUUUGCUUUUAACCUGAGCUGUCAAAUGAAAAGUGGAAAAAAUUUUCAGCAGUUGAACGGACAAAUAAAUCGCAAUACAAAUCAUUGAAAACUUCUAUUUUUUUUUAACAACCUACUAGGAAAUAGAUAAAAAAAUUAAGCAGAGUGAAUUGCAAAAUAAUGGGAACCUAAACUAAUACGCGAGUGAUGAUGCACCAAAUAAUUGUGCCAGACGUGUGAAACAAUAACAAUUAUUAACUGAACAGAAUAUAACAGAAUCAUUUUGUAAGAAAAAAAUAGAGUUGGAGUAUCAACAAUUAAACAAACGACGUAGAAAAGUUAAAGUACGUGCAUAAAGGUGAAUAAAAAAUGUUUUGGGACAAAAGCUAUACACCGUCACAGAAUAUAGAGGCGCUAUUGGAGAAAGAGAAUGCUACUGUUGAGGAAUUUCUGGACGAUGAUGAUAUCCUACUGGAGUGUAGAUCACAAAAGAAGUCUAUUGUUAAUUAUUUCACUCGCCCUGAUGUAAUCAUACGCCUUGUUGAACUCAUUACGACAGAACCUUCUGGGGAUCUACCUUUGGCACAAAGAUAUCGCCAUGCGCAUAUGGCUUGUGAAAUUUUAACGCUCGGUUUGCCGUCCUUAGAUGAGAAGCUUUUGUCUGAUGAAGAUAUAUUAAAAACCCUAUAUUCAUAUCUGGAAAAUGAACCACCGUUAAAUCCUUUGCUAUCGUCAUUUUUUAGCAAAACGUUUAGUAUGCUCUUCACAAAAAAGGCUGAACAAGAUUGGUUUUUGAAUCAACAAAUGUGCCUAAAACUCUUGGAAUACAUUAAGUCGCAAAAUAAUUUUUUGGAUUUGAUUUGUAAGCAUUUUUCCACACCCGUUAUACCCGAUUUGAUAAUGCAAAUGAUGCGGGAGGUAGAAGGUCAAAUGAAACGGAAUUUAUAUGAAUGGCUCACUGAAGAUAAACUCGUAGAGAGACUGAUUAAAUUAAUUGGCAAUCCUCAAGAAACCGACAAGCAUGCAAAUGUGGCGGAAUUUCUCUGUGAUUUAAUACAACAAGGUCGUUCUAUGCGUUAUAUGGAGCAGGAGAAUGACACGUUUGAGCCCACAUUCGACGGUUCAAAUCCAAUUUUGAAAUGCAUCGAAAGUGAGCGCAAUGUUGAAGCCUUGUUGAAUGUGAUUUUAGAACCAAACGCGCAAGAAAGCGCAGUCGUAUCAGGAAUAUCGGUUGUACUUAUGCUUUUAAAACCAGUGGUUUUUACUGAUGAACCUAAUACCGAUCGUAUGAAAUUCAUACAAAAUCGUGAAAAAGAGAUACGUGAACAAAUACUCUCUACUGUGAUUUGUGUCAUUGCACCGCGUCUUAAAGAUUUCAAUGAGUUACUUAGAAACCCGCCAAAUAAACCUGAAUUAGUGACUACUGCAGCCAAGUUAUCACAGCCGUUUGGCAUGACUCGUUUGCAAAUCUGCCGUAUUUUUACAGUAUUAUUGCAGACUAGAAAUGAAACAAUUUCAAAAGCUGUCUGUGAGACGGAUUUCUUUGAAACCUUAUUAACCCUCUUCAAGCAAUAUUGUUGGAAUAAUUUUUUGCAUAGCGAAGUUGAAAAGUGUCUUCAAUUAGUAUUUUAUACAAAACUAUCGAAUAACAAUAACUCAAUGCAAGGCAGUACAAUUGUGAAUGAUGGCUCAUUCAACAAAACGGGAAACAAUGCAGAAAAUACAUCGUUUUUCGAUUUCAUUUUCAAGUCUGAUAAUAGCAAAGAUGAAAAUUUUGAAGUUAAUGAGGCAAGCAAAAAUGUUGAAAAAGAUGAAAAAUCCGUUGAUAAGGAAGACGUCGAAAUGAAAACGGAAGAACAAAUUGGUGACGGCAAAGACGAAAUAGCAACGGAAGAAAAAUCCGAAAGUAAUGAAACUGCAGCAAAUGCUAACGCCAUGGAAACAGAUGAAGGAACUGUAGAAAAGGUGACAGAAAGCGCAGAAGCACCAACUACUUCAGAUGUUGAUGGGGAACGUAAGGAAGAUGAGAUUAACGAGCAAAACAAAACCAAAGCGCAAACCGACAGUGUUCCGUCCGCAUUGCAAACACAUGUAAUUGAAAAGUGUAAGCUGAUUUCAAAAUUAAUAGACUGUUGGUCAUACAACACAGAGAUGGAGUCAGCCGAAAAAGGUCGUCGUCUCGGUUAUAUGGGACAUUUAAUAAAAAUAUUCAAACAUAUUACGAAUAGUAUAUCAGAAUCUGAACAUAUCGGUGCCUUAAUUGAGAGUAAUUUAAGUGAUGAGUUUGAAUUAAAAUUGUGGCAAUCAAUAAUAAACCCAACCGAUGGUGAUCUAACAAAGGCCUUAGCCACACAAAAUAAAAUGUUAGCGAAUUGUAAUGCCCAUGAGGCGGGCGACUACAGUCCACAUUUAUCAAAAGAUUUUGAUAACAGCACUUGGGAUUAUAUUAUGUCAUCGAAUAUGAUCAGCAAUCUUGGCUUCAAUGAUUCCGGUUCAAACGACAUAGUUUUUGCGCUUGAACAUGACAUCUAUCGCAAUAAUCUGCUCGAAAACGAUGAUAACGCCGAAAACGACCUUAAUUUGUUUCAGUUCGGUCGCAAUAUUGACGACGACGAUGACGAGGACGAUGAAAACAACGCUGGCGGUGCUGGCAGUGGCGGUGGCGGUGGCGGAACCGGUUCCUCUCUCUUCGGCAAAAGUGCUGUUUCAACAUCAACUCUACAAGCGUUCGGUGUAACCAACAAUCCAUGGGAUGAUAUGGAUCCGUUCACCGAUCUAACUGCGAAUAGCAAUGCGACACCGUGGACAGCUGACUUCAAUUCGGAUAAUUUUGCUGAUUUCGAUUCGCAUUUCAGUUCGUUCGCCAAUGAUUUGGGCGAGAGUUUAGUGAGUGCGGCAUCUACAACACCUGAAACUGCUGCAGGUAAAGAGAACAGCAAUAACGCUGAUGGCAGCACGAAUAGCAGUAGCGAUGUUAUUGUUGGCAACCAAGAGCAACGAAACACAACCGAUAACGGUGCAAUUUUGAGUGACAUCAGCCGUACCAUCGCGCCAACUGUCACUAAUAGUAAAACCGAAACUGGUUAUGAUAAUAAUGCAAAUGUAGAGAAGAGUAUAACGCUGGUAACGCAAGAGAUUGGCGAAUUUGCGGAUGGUACCGAUGUGGCAGAUGAUUUGGAUGUGUCGAAUGAGAAGGCUUUGGCCACUUCGUUGGUGCGUACACUACAGUCGGUGAUGCAGGAUUCUGAGGAUGACUAUGAGGAUGAUGAGGGCAUGUGGACAAAACCGCUGGGCGGCAGUGCAGUGGAUGCGCACGAUGAUGAGAGUGAUGACAGCGAUCAUAAGUCCAAUGAGCUGCGUUUCACCAAUGGCCCGAGCAGUCAAGAAGUUCACGCAAAUGAUAAUACACAUAAAUUAAACAAAACUGAUGAUGAUGACUCCAGCACAAUUGCAGCGGCGCACAUAAAUGAUAAUGCAGGCAGUGAAAAUGUUCAAGUUGCCGCUACAAUUAGCGAUGCAAAACGCACAAACAGUUCCAUAUCUCUAGACGCCAUCGCUGAUGUGGGUUGCAAUGCCACUGCGGUGGCUAAGACAUCAUCGACUAGUAAUGCUGUUGAAAUUGCGCCAACAACAACAUAAAUGAAAUUGUGCUGGCACACAAACACAUACACACAUAUGUAUAUAUGUACGUGUGGUAUACGCAGCCACUUACAUAUAUAAACUUAUACAUAUGCAUAUAUACUAUAUAUUAUAAACAACAAUAAAAAUCGCUCAAAGACAUGCAAAUAUACUGCAGCAAAUUGAUAAACUUUUGAUGCGUCCAAUGACGCUUCACGCCAAAGGUUGAGGUACCGCCCAUGUAUAAACUUAAAACUUACUAAUUCAAUCAACGUACAUACAUACAUACAUAUAAACAUACUCAAAAAAAACAUGCACGCAAAUGUACGUACGUCUACAUUGACGCUGCACAAAGGUAUUCUUAAAAUAAUAAAAAUAAAUAGUCAUAUGUAAGAGAAAUAAAGAAACACUAACCCGUACGCCUGUAAAAACUGAAAUAUGUAGUAGUGAAAGUAAAAUCGAAGAAAAACCACAACACUGUCAAAGUUCACAGUUGAGCGCUUGUGCAACGUCUGUGCGGAAAGGAAUCAAGCUUCUCAUCAAGAAAAAAAUUGAACAUACCCACACAAACAUAGUACAUUUCGCAACGAGUUCGUUUGAAACGAUCAACUGCGGUGAUCUAAAAACUUUAUAAUAUUUACAAAAACAAAAAUAAAAAAACAACAAUGUAAUGGGGUUAUGUAAAGGAGCAGUAAUGAAAACGAAAAAUCAUAACGAACUUACAAACUUUUACCUAAACAUAAACGAUCAUAUGUACGUUGGUGCAAUUAUGACUAGUAAUGGUAUUGUUUACCUAAAUAUUACUUAAUUUUUUUUUCUGCAUAAGAUGAGACUAAAAAUAGUAUGUAUGCACAUUCAAGUAAAAGUUGAGGUUGUGUGCAGUAGAUAUAAAUAUUAAUAAGCAUUGUAAAUCCAUAAUAAUAAUUUGUCUAAGUAUUAUGCUGGUAAGAUAACACAAAACAUAACCUAAAAAUUAGUUGCUAAAAUAACGAGCUUCGUUGGAAUUGCACAAACGGUAAAUGACACAAACAAUGUUUAGAAACAAGUAUGUGUGUGCUUUUAAUGGCAAAUAAUAUUAGUAUGUUGCAUGCUACAAUAAAUAUUGAUUAGGCCUACAAAAUUAAGUAUAUUACAAGCGUUUUGUUUGUUUUGUGUAUAUAAAAAAUAACAAUGAUAAAUAAUUGGCCAUAAAAAAUGUUAAAAUAUAUAGACUGGUAUGUGUAUUUUCUUUUAGAAAACAAAGAGCUUUAAACGAAAUUGUAAUGGAAACUGACUUGAGUAAAGUUGUACAAAAAUUUGUAAUUUUUUUUUUUUUUUAAUUUUUCUUUACAGCAUAAAUUAUAUAUGCUAAGGGAAUUUAGUAUGAAUGCGCUUUAUAACUACUGCAUACACCUUGAGUGCACUUGAAAAAUGUUGUUGUGUCGUUACUAUUAUAAGUAUAGUGGAAUCAACACCAAAUUAAAAAAAAAAUAAAAAAAUAAAAAAAAAAACUUACCCGCCCAAAUGAAUCAAUGUAUGUACUAUUA